GGUAGACAAAGCAAUAGCAAUAAUGGCCCUUAGAAUUUGCUUCUUGUUCCUUGUGAUAGCUUUGCCGCUUGCAAUUAGCACUUCAACUUCUGUCCAAAACGGCCUGAGUUCACUUUCAUUUAGCUACUCUGGCGCAACUGGCCCAGAUAAAUGGGGAAGCUUGAGCCCAAAUUUCUCAGCAUGCUCAAAUGGGAAGAUACAAUCUCCUGUGGACAUCGUGAAGGGCAUACUUACCCCUAGCAAGAGAUUAAAGCCAUUAACCAGAGUCUACGGUGCUUCAAAUGCCACUUUGUUUAACAAUGGCUUUAACAUUGGGGUGCAUUUCGAAGGACAUGUGGGGACAUUGGAUGUGGAUGGUAAGAACUAUGACUUGAAGCAGAUGCACUGGCACUCUCCCUCUGAGCACCGCCUUAAUGGAGUCCAAUUUCCAGCUGAGCUUCAUCUACUUCACCAGGCAUCUGACCAGAGCAUGUCCGUUGUGUCAGUUCUCUUCCAAUUCGGCAAGGAUGAUAUAAUCAUCUCUAAGAUUAAGGACAAGCUGACUGAGCUGGCCAAGGAGACGUGUAAAAAGGAAGAAGAUGCUCAAAUUCCCCUUGGAACCGUAGAUAUCAACGAGUUCCAGAAGAAGAGCCGCAAAUAUUUCAGAUAUGUUGGUUCUCUCACCGUUCCUCCAUGCACCGAGAAUGUCGUAUGGAACAUUCUUGGAAAGGUAAGGACCAUUUCCAAGGAUCAGUUAAAUGCUCUGAAAGCACCAUUGGAUUCAGCUUGCAAGAACAACUCAAGACCACUGCAGCCUCCUAACGGACGCAAAGUCGAGCUCUACGAUGAGCUUAGGGACCAGUAAAAUAGUCAACCUAGUUGACAUUUACAUCAGUGUGGUCAAUUGUCAUCAGCGUGAGUUGUAGUUAAAGCGAGUCUUCAUAGGUGUCACUGUUUUUGGGCUCGAACUUAAGUGAUCUAUUCACGAUCAAGAUAAAACUAAGUAGAGGUCCAAAUCGACUAAUGUUGAAUCGUCAAAGGAUGAGUUGUAGUUAGGAGAAGUGCGUAAUCUAGAAAAGAUUGUAUUUUGUGUAUUUUCUUUCGAAGUUGAUUAUAUAUGAUUAAUAUAUAUAUGUGAAUAUGAAGGAA